ACCAGGAAGAGGCUUGCAGGAGAGCCUAGGAAGCCCCUUACCUCUCCAGGGGCCAGUGCAGCCGUUUCCAGCCAGGGUAGGCGGCCUUGGAUUUAGUGCCGCCUCCAGUCUUGCGGGCCUGUUUGGCGGUCUAGACUGAGCAAGUAUCCACGAUGAUGCCGGGGCCCCAGGUCGAGCCCCAGCCAGCACAGCUCGCAGCAGCAGCUCCUCCUCCUCGGUGCAGCGCCGCUUCUGGGGCCCGGUCAGGGGCUGGCUGGAUCGUAGCAGCACCUGCAGACAGGGACUGGGCUCCGGGAAGCCGUACCCACCAGCCCUGGCUCACGAACUUCGCUCACAGCCCCUGGGCGAGUCUACACUGGAGCGGCUCAGAGCGAGCAGGCGCGGGCUGGGGCGCUGGAGCCUUCCGAGCGAGCGUAAUUCGCAAGCCUCGGACCCGGUCUGAGUUGCUUGUGGUGGGACAGGGAGGGGCCCGAUAAGCAGACCUUGUGCAGGUCCUGUGUUGACAAAAGAGGGACUAGGUUCAGAGGCCCGGCCCUGCCCGACCAGGGGGCGGGGCCACGAAGCUCGGACCCCGAAACCCGGGAGAGGGGGGGCCCGAGUGGAGGAAGGCUGGGCGGGCAAGGCCAGUUGGAGACAGGACCCGGCGGGGCCAGAAAAGCCUGGAGCCAGGGCAAGAGCCAGGGCAGCGGCGGGCAGCGAACUGGCCCGGCCAAAGCAGGAAAGGGCCCAAUAGGGACGCGGUUGGUCCUAGUGGCAGAGUCUGGGGCGGGGCGGGGCGGGGCGGGGCGCACGGUUCCGCUGGGAGCGUGGUGGUAGCUGAGCCCAGGUUAGCGGCUUCCCGGGCGGAAGCGGGCGCUGAGCGCCACGGCCUCGUUGUCCGCAGCGCGAGGCACGAUCACGGCGCGGGGGUAACUGGGCACAAGCUGAAGUCCUUGUUCAUCCCGCUCAGCCUCCGUGGGUCGGUCUGCAGCGCAGGGAGGGGCGAAGGCGUGCUCUUGAGUACCCAGUGAGUGCCAUGUCCCCGCGCCCCUCCCAGGCCCGGCGCGUCCACCUACCGAGGCGUGUGGAAGCGCCAGGCGACGCCCAGUCUCAAGCCCUUGGGACGGUAGAAGAACAGAUAGGAGGUGAUGACCGAUUCCAGGGAAGACAGCGCCUGGAGAAGAAGGCAGGGGAUCUGGGAAAGGUGGGAUCAUCCCACCCACACCUUCCGGCCCCUCGGGUCCGCAGCUCCCGCCUCUCCAAGUACUCCAGACCACCCGGGUUCCCUAGCCAUUAGCUGUGCCCCGGGAUAACACCGGCUGCUGAAUGCUCUUGCUCAGCGACCCCCUUUUACUACCAUGGUUACGGGACAGGGAUAGCUUAAGUGCCUCGGGUGCACCGCGGCGUACCUCGACGUAGCGGGCUAUGUCCAGCGUCGCGUCCACGCCCUCAAUGUCCAGCUGUAGCGCGCGCAGGUCCUUACAGCGCAGCGUGAUGGUGCCAGAGUCACCCGCGACCCUGGGGAUGAACGCGUUUAGGCUAAGUGUACCCCGCCCCCCAUCAGGGGAGGAGAAACCAGUUAUAGGACUGGACGUAAUGCACCAUCUCCAGCUGCACUUGCUCUUUCCCCUCACUCCGUGGAACCGCGAAGUCCCCAACUCCAGGGUCGCCCCCGCCAAGCUCACCACUUCUCAAUGGAGUCAACACUACGCCAACAGCCGCAGCCAGAGGCCCAGAGUCGCCUGGGCCCUGGAGACAGCAGCAGGUGGUGGCCGGCAACGCACAGCGUGCCACGCAGUGGGGCCACCUCCUGGCCCCCCAAGAGCUCAGUUUGGGCCCGGCUGGUGCGGAUCAACUCCGAGAACUCCAUUCCUCCGGAGGUGGGCCUGGGGCCCAGCAAAAGGGCAGACUCCAGGAGCGUCAGGCGGGGCAAGCUGGGCUCCAAAAGGGACAGGAACUGGCUGGGCAGCAGGCGACCCGCAGGACAGCUGUCGAGGAGGCCCCUUGGAGGAAGGAUAACACAGUUCCAAAGAACUGUCUCCCUCUUAUUGCCAGCACCUCUCAGCAGGACCCCAGGCAGAACUUGUUAAGGAAACCUCAAUCUCACCAUCUGUGAAAUGGGGAGAAUAAUCUUGCUUAACUCCUUAGCCUGGUGCUUAAUUCGCAUAAGGUACUCAAUAUUUUUGGCUUUUUACUUUAUUUUUUACCAAUAUAUUUUUAUUGAUUUCAGAGAGGAAGGGAGAGAGAGAGAAACAUCAAUGAUGAGAGAGAAUCAUUGAUCAGCUGCCUCCUGUACGCCUCCUACUGGGGAUUGAGCACAAAACUCCAAAUUGAACAAGGGACUCCAGUCCACAGGCCGCUGCUCUAUCCACUGAGUCAAACUCGCCAGGGCAAUGGUUUUGGCUUUUUAGACUGGAAUGCUGGCACUCUGGCUGACUUAAAAAAGAAAGAAGAAUGCCAUCUUUUCUUCUGGACCCUGGUGGAAGGGGUGGAAGUGUGGGUAUGAAACUGGGAACUGCCUACUUCCUCCCUCACAUCUGAGGUUGGGUGUCUUCCUUAAAUGCAAGCAACUGUGUAACUGGCACCCCUCAGCCACCACCCUGGAUGUCCCUGCCUAAGGGCGCCCUCUAUGGUGACCACUUCCCCGGAGCCCCAUCCCCUAUUGCUCCAUUCUUUGCCCAUACAACGAGCUGAGUUCUAUGCUUAGUGUUGUAACCAAAGGAUGACUGAGUUCUGUUCAUAGGGUUUACAGUCUGGCAAGAGUCACACUUCAACUGGUAAUUUACACGAGAUAACCCGAUUUACCGGGGGACUCAUCAGCCCAUCCAUCCAAUUAUUCUUUUAUUUCUCAAACACUGAUGCCUAUUCUGUGUUAAGUACUGAUUAUUAAGAAGACGAAGGUGGACUCCUGCUUUCAAAGGGCCUUCUGGUCCACUAGGUUCCCAGCUUUUGUGUAUUCAUCAAGCUGUGUAUUUAUGAUAUGUGCGUUUUUCUCCGUGUGUUACAUUUCAAUACAAAGUUUAAAAAAGGGAACUGCACCCUAACCCGUUUGGCUCAGUGGAUAGAGAGUCAGCCUGUGUGUAGACUGAAGGGUCCCAGGUUCGAUUCCGGUCAAGGGCAUGUACCUUGGUUGCGGGCACAUCCCCAGUAGGGGGUGUGUAGGAGGCAGCUGAUCGAUGUUUCUAACUAUCCCUCUUCCUUCCUCGCUGAAAAAAAUUAACAAAAUAUAUUUUUAAAAAUUUUUUAAAAAUUAAAAAGGGAACUGCUUGUGUUGAAGCCCUGGGAAGGGCCAGGAGAGACGGGUCUUGGAGCCCAUCCACAGGUGUGCCUGAUCCUGCAUGCGGUCUCUGAGCGAUUUCCAAGGAACCUAAAGUUCCUUAGAGCACAGCUUAAAAUCAAAGAUCUGUCCCAACAGAGAGUCGGUGACUUAUCCAAGGUCCCACACAACCAGCGUCAGAACCCAAGUCUUCUGACUCCCGGGCCAGGGCUCUGGACACUUCCUUUGCCAUGAGUGAGGACAGAGGGCCGCUCGUCAGCUUUCUAUCCCCUCCCCACUCCCUUACGUGGGUCUUAGGAAGGGGGCCAAGAAGCUGGUGUUGGUGAUGCUUUUCUUAUCCUGGAACAACUUCCUUUCUGGGAAACUGGGUGUCUCCUUCUGGGCAAAGACAAUAAAAUUCAUCCAAGGGGCCAAAAGAGCAGGGCUUCUUCUGUCGCCAAACGGAUGGGCAUCACGUGGCUCCAGGGUUAGCGGUCCUGGAAAACCCCAGCCCUUGCCACUCUGCCUCCCACACCCAUCUCCUCACUCACCCUCACACACUCGGCCUCCCGACCCACCUUGAACAUUCACCAUCGCACCCUGUUCACCCUCAGCUUCUGCCGCCACUACCUGGGCAACAUUACCAGCCUUUUCCUAAUCCCAGAGCUGCAGUCUUGCUUUGUCACCCGUCCCAGACCCACCAUGUCCCUGAGGCCACUGAAAUUCCAGGCCGUGGGUGAAGCAAACGAGGAGGAAGAGAGCCUGGAUUCUGUGAAGGCGCUGACGGCGAAGCUGCAGCUGCAGACACGGCGGCCCUCGUAUCUGGAGUGGACCGCCCAGGUCCAGAGCCAGACCUGGCGCACGGCCCGAGCUGGGCCUGGGCCGGGGGAACCUGGGGCCAUCUGCGGCUUUGACUCAAUGGACUCUGCCCUUGAGUGGCUGCGCCGGGAGCUGCGGGAGAUGCAGGCUCAGGACCGGCAGCUGGCGGGGCAGCUGCUUCGCCUGCGGGCCCAGUUGCACCGGCUGAAGGUGGACCAAGCCUGUCAUCUGCACCAAGAGCUGCUGGACGAAGCUGAGCUGGAGCUGGAACUGGAGCCCGGGGCCGGCCUGGCCCUGGCCCCACCGCUGCGGCACCUCGGCCUCACACGCAUGAACAUCAGCGCCCGACGCUUCACGCUCUGCUGAGGGGAACCUGCGUGCCUACUGAGCACCCGGUACCCUUUCCCCCACCCACCUGGGAGGAAAAGGUGUGCCCCAGAGGCACCAGCACCUGGCAGGAGAGGGGGUUGGUGGGUACACUCAGAUUAGAUCUGGGAGCAUAGAGCCCAGCAUCCUGUUCCUGCUGCUGCCCCAGCUGUGUG